UUAGUCGAUCGUUUGUAAAUAACCUAUAUAAUGGAAUGGUGCAGAGAAAAAACGUGCAGACUUAUUGACGAGUUUAGGUUACAGGAAUGUUUAUGGAAUCAUCAGCUUAAGGACUAUAAAGACAGACAGAAAAAGAGUGAUGCGUUGAAAGAACUCGGCAAAAUGUUCGAAUGUGAGGGAUCAGAGGUAGAGAAAAAAAUUAAAUCUCUGAUUGGGCAGUUCCAACGAGAAGUGAAGAAGAUAUCCGGAAAAUCCGGCGAUGGUGUUAAGGAUGAACCGAGAUGGUUUGCGUACAAGAUGAUGCUUUUCCUGAAGGACAAGUGGAAACCGCACAAAACAGCUGAUGCGGGAAUAUAUACUUCCAGUCGAGAUGAUGAAGACGAAGAGAAUGUCGACUCUUAUUUAGAGCGCACGUCCAUUGAUGCCUCUCCCAUAGCAGCUGUCAACUCUGAUACUGCAAGUGCAGAGACGAGUGCUGCAAGUAGGAAAAUCUUUUCAUCGCCAGUGCGACGCAAACGUGCUAAAACACAAGAUGAUUCUGCUGUGGUAAUGGCCGAAGCUUGUAAUGUUUUGAAGUCAUUGGAUGCUUCUCGUCACAACAGAGAUGAAUAUGACAAAUUUGGAGAAUACGUAGGUUCCAAAAUACGUAAUCUAAAAACAGAUUAUGCCAAAUUCACUAUACAGCAUGAAAUCACCACUUUACUAUAUCAUGCUGAUCUUGGUAGGUACAACCAGACAAAUGCAGCUGCAUCUCCCCUUCAUACAAAUGUUUUAGAAGGCAACAGCAGUCAGCAUGCUGCUCUUUGCACUCCUGCGAAUGUAGUCAUUGUUGACGCAACUCAUGAACACCCGGAUGUACUAAAUGAUGAAGUUAUUAACGAAGUCUUGAUUUCGGAAGAUUGUUCACAAUUGCAACACCAGUACGGCCAUUUGUUGGACGUGUGUGGAAUCCGUGAAAAUGAAACAAAAUAGUUACCUGCUCCAAAACUUUAAUUCUUUAUGAACAAUGGCUUUCAACGCAUUUCCACACAAAAUAAGUCAACAGUAACAUUUGUUUUUAAUAGCUUAUAAGUGUAAUUUAAAGUGGGUAUCUCAUUUAAUGUUCAGUUAACACAAUGAUUCACCUUGUAAAUGUUUAUGUGUGUAGUAAAAACAAAUGCUAUGCCAAUUUAAAGACACUUAUUCUCUAGUGGCAUGUAAUUGCAUAAGGUUAAUAUCAAGGAGGUACAUUAUUUAAGGUAAACAAAAUGCUGAUAUUAUGGGAUAUGUUUCUAUCAAGAACUUUGGUGAAACUGCAGUACAUGUACUUACCAAUAUAUAUAUCUUUCUACAGCAUUAAAAAUGUAAAGAAAUAAAACAUUUACUGAACACUA